UCUGGGUUCUUUGCAUCGUUACCUUUACUAAUAUAUCUUUGUAGUAAAAGACUGAAGCCAUCAAUACACUGCGUUCAAAUAUAGAGCAAAAUAGCACAGAUACUGCGGGUGUUGAGUAAAUAAAAUGAUCGCUCUAUUGCCUACCAAAACAAACCCAAACAACUGGAAUCGAGCUAAAGUAUAAGUUUUCAUGACCCGCAAACAUAAAAUUUGUCAUCAUUCAGAACCAUACUCAGUAUAGAAUAUCUAAUUGCCACGUUUCAGCUCUAAGAAGUUCUGUUGAUUUAUAAAAAAACCUUCAAUUUUUUUAGAUACGGCGCAUUCCCCGGGGGCGCAUUCCGGUUCCACAGUCAAUUAGGCCGUCAGUUGAGCGGUAAAGCAAUAAGUUGCAUGAGUUAAGUUGCAAUGAGUUACUCUUACCUCUGUUUAAAAGCGAGUCUUGGUGUACAACCUUUCAUACGGAAACGAGUUUUUCUUGACCGUUCAUUGUCUGGCAAAUCAAACUCUUUUCCAUAUAAAAGCUUGUACACCGAACUCGUUUUGAAACAGAGCUAAAAAGCAACUGAAAUUGCUUAUUAGAAUUUCAAUUUUUUUGCUCGGCCAGUCAAAGUGGGGGAAAGAAUUAUUUUAAAUAGGCACGAAAAGUGUGCUUUCUCCUGUUUGCAUAAAAUACUGUAACAUUCAUUAAGCACAUGCUCUUUGUUCAAAGAAUGUAAGCCACACCAUGCAAGAAUUACGUUGCGUGGCACCCCUGAACCACUUAAUUCAAAAGUUGAAUGAUUAACGAGGUAACAUGUACAGUAGAAACGCUAGUUUGUCAGAUCAACAUUGAGUCCAACCACCAAGUGAAUCAAACCUCAACGAUUGCGUGAAACAUUCAACAUGCCUCCUAAAGGACGAAAAGCCACAACAACAAAGAAGAACGGCAUACCAGAUACGAGCAAAGCGCCCAAACAGAACGACAUCAAGAGGAACAAGACGAAACGAGAAGGAAAACUUAAGCCAAAGAAAACACACAAAUCGUACGCCAGGUUCAUCAAUAUGGUACUUAAACAAGUUCACCCGGAUCUCGGUAUCACUAGAAAAGCCAUGAACAUCAUGGACUCGUUCGUGAACGAUCUCUUCGAGAGGAUAGCGAUCGAGGCCGGGAGGCUCAGCAAGUAUAUUAAGCGAAGCACGCUCUCGUCAAGGGACAUGCAAGCCAGCGUUCGUUUGGUUGUUCCUGGCGAGCUGGCCAAACAUGCAGUCAGUGAAGGAACUAAGGCUGUGGCCAGAUACACCAAGCAAAUUCAGGAAUAAGAAGUUAGAUUAUCAAGAGUACAGAUAGUGGACAAUAUGGGUCAAUUAUCUUUUGAUAUCACCGCGUAAAUUUCCAUGCUUGCUGGUUAUAUACAGAUGUAACUAGCACGCUGACUGUAAUCUUUCGAUAUAUUUGUUAUCGAGUGUUGUUCGUCCCUCUACACGAGUUAAGUUUAAUAUAAGAACACUUAUGAUUCGUAUGACAGAGAUAAUUUUGCCCAAGAAUUGAAAACACUAUAACUUUACUUUAAACGUACAUCUCAAAAAGAAAUCCAAUUUUUAUCACUCACUCUUAUGCUAUUGCAUUGUGGAACUAGAAUGGAAAUCCCUUAGUCUCUCUCCUUUUUCCUGGCAAUUAAUUAAUCGAUGUCGCCUCUGUUUUCUUGUCGUGGCAUCAAGCUAAUGCAACAUCGAGUGUAAUGGUUUUGUUUGUUUGUCUGUUUGUUUUUCUUUUGAGAAUUCACAGAGCCCAAUGUUUUUCGUAAGACUUUCACCUUACGUCGUCACCUGACGUCAUAGUGUUAGUCUAAUCUCUGAUUGGAUAAAAAGCUUGUAAUAGGAUACCGUCUACAUUCAUU